AUGGCACCAAUUAGGAGGAGCAGGAGGCUGGAGGGGAAGAGAGACAGGCUGAGUGACUUGUCCGAUGAAAUUCUACUUCAUAUAAUGUCAUUCAUGAUGAUAAAAGAUGUUGUCAAGACUUGCAUCUUGUCAAAACGGUGGCAGAACUUAUGGAAGUCUCUGCCUGAUCUUAUUUUGCAUGUCUCUAACUUCAGUAAUCCCUUGUUUUUCUAUGAAUUUGUCUCUGGGCUCGUGAGAUGCCGUGGUGGCAUCCAACCAUUGCGCACUCUUGACUUUGACCGCUACGGUUACGUACAGCCUCAAAUUUUGAAUGAUCUCUUCCAAUAUGCUCUACUUCAUGAUCUCCAACAUUUGAAGAUCAAUGUCCCGUAUAAUUUCGGUUUGCCAAAUUCUAUCUUUUCUUUUCAGUCUUUAACUUCACUUCAUAUUUCGGUUUCACCGUAUGAUAUCAAGAAAAAAACAAGAGUCCCUCUACAUCUUGAUCUUCCAGAACUAGUAAACUUGCAUCUCGAGAAGGUUGGAAUUUCUACUGAUGAAAAUGGUCAUGCUAAACCCUUUUCGACUUGUAACAAGUUAAAAAUUCUAUCAAUUGAAGAUUGUGUCUUGGUUUAUCCUAGCUCUCUUUCCCCACAGGAGUUGGGAGUCCUUGAUAUAACAAAUGCAACCCUUACUGAUUUAACCAUCAUUGAUGAUACUCCCCCAACUUACAUUACCGCAGUGCCAAUUCCUAGAUACAAGUAUGUGAUAUGCACGCCUAAAUUAAGCUCCUUCACUAUGAACAGUUCUCCGUUUAGGACAUUACAUGGACAAGGAGGGAUGACCGUUGAGCUUCAUUCUUCCUCACUAAUGUAA